AUGGCUUUUCCUUUAUUAUUACUGCUGCUAUUGUUGUUCCUAUUGCUGCUGAUUGUUACAGGAUUAAAUACGUUGACUCCAGAUGAGCCCAUGUUUGGAUUCAACGUGCAUGGCGAGGUGACCGCUGUGAGCUCUUUGAUCUUUUACGAUGAGAAAAGCAAAGAUCAUAGUACACGUUUCUUGCUAAAGGACCAUACGAACGCUCUUCAGAUGGUCUAUAUUUUUUCAUCUCACAAAAGUGGCCUUCCCAUUUUGAAGGUCGGCGACGACAUUACGAUCUUAAACGCCUCUUUUAAAUUGUCGGAUAGGCAUGGUGGCUUCACGAUCCAAGCCUCGCACGACAUGAACAGUACAUGGUUGAUUCGUCCCAAAUCCAGCCUUGCAAGAAUAGAACCAACGCACCGUUUCUAA